AUGUCAGCGUUGAUUAACUUCCUCUUGGGCACCGUAUGGCUGACCUUGGGCACUCAGAUCCAGACAGAGACACCAUUCAAACCGUUCCUCGAGCGUAACUACCAUGAUGAGGAAGAUCAACAUGAUGAUGUGGGCCAGAUCAUCUUUCGCCUCGACAGCGCGGUUGAACAGCUGGACACAGCGAUAUCACGGCUGAGCGUCCUCAGAUCAACCGCUGUACAAGCUCGGCUAGACCAUUCUAGACUUGUCUCGCCCCUUUUGCGCCUACCGACAGAGAUCAUGAGCGAGAUCUUUACCCGCUCACUCCCCGCUGUGGGCGUGUCAGAGUGGGAAUACAGAUACACCGUCAAACCUUGGACGAUUCGCAAAAGGGCGCAGCAUGCAAUCAAACUCGGCCAUGUGUGUAGACGCUGGCGCGAUGUCGCUCUGACCACACCUUGGCUCUGG